CGACAGCUGUAGUAUAAUUAGUUCAUUAGUCAAUUCGAACUCCCGAGUUCUAGAAGACUCAUUCAGUCCCUAUCCUCUCUCUCCCAUCUCAACCCCAUUGACGGAACGAUUUGCGUACAAAUAGUUCCCCUUGCCGCCGCCCCUCCUUCAAUGAAGUCUUUCUCGCUACUGCUAUCCAUCAUCGUGGGAAUCACAUCCAUCGUCCUGUUCAGAGAACAGAUAUUCGAUUUGGUCGUCGCGACUACGAGCGACUUCUUCAACUUUGCAGGCGCAAUUCAGAACGACAUCGUCCCCGAAGCGGAAACCAAGCAGCAACAACAACAACAUCAACGCCAUCAUCAACAGGACCAGCCGGACGACCACCUGUACGCCACCGACAUGUCUGUUCCCCGCGCGAUUCGCAAGGUCUUUCUGGCCGUUGAGCAGGCCGAGGGCGCCGGAGCCCGCGUCCGCCGCUCCAUCGGAACCCCUCAGCUUAGGAGCCUUUCGCCCUUUUUGAUGCUCGAUCACUUCAGUAUCUCUCCCGGGUCAGGCUUCCCCGACCAUCCCCAUAGGGGCCAGGAGACGAUUACGUAUCUCCUUCACGGCGGCGUGGACCACGAGGACUUCGCUGGCAACAAGGGCACCAUCGAGGCCGGCGACCUGCAGUUCAUGACAGCGGGCCGUGGCAUCAUGCACGCCGAGAUGCCCAAGCAGAAUCCCGACGGCAGCGCCAACAUCGGCCUCCAGCUCUGGGUCGACUUGCCGAAGCACCUCAAAGCCUGCGAGCCGCGGUACCGCGAUCUGCGCGCCAAGGAGAUCCCCACGGUCGACGUCGACGGCGGCAAGGUCCACGUCAAGGUCAUCUCGGGCCAGAGCCACGGUGUCGACUCGGUGCGCGACCUAGCCUACACGCCCGUAUGGAUCCUGGACAUCCAGGUCAAGCCCGGCGGUACGAUUGCCCAGCCGGUGCCCAAGGGGUGGAACGCCUUCGCGUACACGCUCGAGGGCCAGGCCAUUUUUGGCACAGGGUCGCAGCAGCGCGUCGUCGAUGAGUUCCACAACGUCGUGUUCGAGGACGAGGGCGACGUCGUGAACAUUGAGGUCGACGCCGGCGCCGACAAGGACGCUCGCCUCGUGCUUAUCGCCGGCACGCCUCUAGACCAGGAGGUGGUGCAGUACGGGCCGUUCGUGCUGAGCUCCAAAGCCGAGGUGUACCAGGCCUUGAUGGACUUCCAGACGCACUCGAACGGGUUCGAGAGGGCAGAGGGCUGGCAGAGUGAGAUUGGAAAGUCCAUGGUUGAGUAGAGCAGCCAUGGGUUGUAGUUGGUUUGUUUUCACUUGCGUUGUAUUUUUGGCAUCCAGCAUCAUUUGGCAUAGAGCGGAUGGGGGGUCAUUUGCUCCUAGUUGAGGGCAUCGAGAGAAGGGCGUCUAGAUCAUGUAACAUGAGAUACCAUAAAUCCACCUUACUUAACUUGAC